CUGUGCAGUAUUGCUGUUGCUGGUCUUUUCCUGACGCGGCCGAGUCGGAGCGAUGGCGCGCACGAAGCAGACGGCGCGUAAGUCGACGGGCGGGAAGGCGCCCCGCAAGCAGCUGGCCACCAAGGCCGCCCGCAAGAGCGCGCCGGCCACGGGCGGCGUCAAGAAGCCGCACCGCUACCGGCCCGGCACGGUGGCGCUGCGCGAGAUCCGGCGCUACCAGAAGUCCACGGAGCUGCUGAUCCGCAAGCUGCCCUUCCAGCGGCUGGUGCGCGAGAUCGCGCAGGACUUCAAGACCGACCUGCGCUUCCAGAGCUCGGCCGUCAUGGCGCUGCAGGAGGCCAGCGAGGCCUACCUGGUGGGGCUCUUCGAGGACACCAACCUGUGCGCCAUCCACGCCAAGCGCGUCACCAUCAUGCCCAAGGACAUCCAGCUGGCCCGCCGCAUCCGCGGAGAGCGCGCAUAAGCGUUGUAAGGAAAUUCCCUUCUGGUCUGCUAAAAGUUUACAUCAACACAAAGGCUCUUUUAAGAGCCACCACAUGAACAAUAAAAGGAGCUGUAACACUGCGAGGUUUCCAUUACGUUUGUAGAGACAACAUGUAGGAAAAAGUAACAGACUGUACAGUUACGAGGUAAACAGUGUUACCCUAUAUGUGUGUUUUUAAUCCAAUGGGU